AUGUGUGGAAUUCUUUGCAUUUUCACUCAACACGGAUCCACAUCUUCCGAUUCCGAUAAGCAAACUUGUUGCAAUGGUGCAUCCGCAAAGUUUAGUGAUCGUUUUGCCACCUCCAGCGAGUCUUUGCGCGAGCUAGCUUUUCGACAGUCGAGUAAGCAGCGCCACCGUGGUCCCGAUCAAACCGGUCUGAUCGUCAGUGGCAGGGAAGAAUUUGUGUUGGUACAAGAACGAUUGUCCGUUAUUGGGGUGAAAACUGGACGUCAGCCGCUUACAUCCACUGACGGCACCAUCCAUCUGGUGGCCAAUGGAGAGGUGUAUAACUUUCCUCACAUGGUGUCCCUGAUCCACAACGCCAACGGAAAUGAAUCCUAUAACCCUCGCAGUGAUUGUGACGUUCUGGUAGCGUUCUACGAGCUGUUCGGUCCUGAUAAACUGCUCCAAACGGUGCGAGGGAUGUUUGCGUUUGUGUUGUACGACACUAACACUCAUCGACUGUUGGUGGCGCGCGAUCCCAUCGGAAUCGUACCGCUUUACUACGGUUGGGAUGAGAAAGGGAGUCUUUGGGUCGCCAGCGAGCUGAAGUGUCUGGUGGAGUGCUGUCGGGAAGUGGCUGUGUUUCCUCCCGGUCACGCGUACUGCGGAACUAGAGAGAAUUUCACUCCACAAUCUUAUUUCUCUGCCCGCUGGAUAACGGAAAUUCCAACCGCCAACGCUAACCUGGAACUGUUGAGAACUCAUCUGGAAGCUGCUGUUGCGUCACAUCUGCAGUGUGAAGUUCCGCUCGGUGCUUUGCUUAGCGGGGGACUUGAUUCCAGCCUGAUCGCCUCGAUCGCCACUAGAAUUUUGCGAAAAACCACCGGCAAUGCAAACUAUCGCUUGAAGACGUACAGCAUCGGACUUGUUGGAGGUGGUCCGGAUUUACAGUACGCACGCACGGUGGCCCACCACAUCGGGAGUGAUCACACCGAGAUCCAUUUUAGCAUUCCCGACGGCUUAGACCUGGUGCGAGAUGCCGUCUACCAUGCCGAAACCUAUGAUGUCACAACGAUACGUUGCAUCGUUCCGGUAAUGCUGCUGGCAAGGGCUAUCCGUAGCGAAGGCAUUCGGGUAGUGCUAUCGGGUGAAGGUGCGGACGAACUGUUCGGGGGCUAUCUUUACUUUCACCGUGCGCCCAAUGUUGCGGAAUUUCAUCGCGAAACAGUGCGCCGCGUUUGUGGGCUCCACCUGUCCGACUGUCUGCGAGCGAACAAGGGAUGUGCAGCAUGGGGAUUGGAGCUACGAGUACCGUUUCUCGAUACCGAUUUCUUACAGCACGUUAUGUCUAUUCGUCCCGAAGAUAGGGCCCCUGGCUCAACGGAUAGCAAUGCCCAUGCAGGAUCGGAAAAACGUAUCCUUCGACAAGCGUUUGCCGAUGGUAACUAUCUUCCCGACGCGGUACUUUGGCGACAGAAGGAACAGUUUUCCGAUGGUGUCGGAUAUGAUUGGAUUGAUUCGGUUUCGCAAUGGGCAUCGGACCAUGUAAGCGAGCAGGAGUAUGAAACGGCAGCUGAUCGGUUUCCCUUCAACACGCCGACCACUCGGGAGGCAUUCUACUAUCGGACGCUGUUCGAGCAACUAUUCCCGGGAUCGUCCUUUGCCCGGACGGUACAGCGAUGGAUGCCACGGACCGAUUGGGGAUGUCCGGAAGAUCCAUCCGGUAGGAAGCAAAACGUUCACCAAGAGCACCAGAAGCACACAGUGUAG